GGCCAAGUUGACUUGAAAGAACCCUAACAGUGGGACCAGUUCGGAAGCAAAGCAAGUCCCAAACUGAGUGUAUCUGGUCAAAGAUAUAUAUUCUUUUUAAAAGACGUUGUGUUACUGGAGCCAGGCCUGGAUCUUUUAGCAUCCAACUGAGCUGGAAGCAGCUCAUAGGUUUUUUGGUUUUGGUUUUUUUUUUUAUUCAUGUUUGUACAAUCUUCUGGAUAUUUUUUUUCAAGAAGGAGUAAAAGGGAGUGUUGGAAACUAACAAACAGGAUUAAAACCCUGAGCGCUUAAGGAAAACAGGUUAAGGAACUUAAUCCAGGAUGGAUAUGCAGGAGCCACAGCAGCUGGGUAUGUUUGCAGAAAGCGAGCUGAUGUCUGUGGGGAUGGACACUUUUAUCCAUCGCAUUGACUCUACGGAGGUCAUCUACCAGCCGCGACGGAAAAGGGCCAAGCUCAUUGGCAAAUACCUGAUGGGAGACUUACUUGGUGAAGGGUCUUACGGCAAAGUCAAGGAGAUGUUGGACUCUGAAACCCUCUGUAGGAGAGCUGUGAAAAUAUUGAAGAAGAAGAAGCUACGCAGAAUUCCCAAUGGGGAGGCAAAUGUGAAAAAGGAAAUUCAGCUCCUGCGACGAUUACGGCACAAAAAUGUUAUCCAGUUGGUAGAUGUAUUAUACAAUGAAGAGAAGCAGAAAAUGUAUAUGGUGAUGGAGUACUGUGUGUGUGGGAUGCAGGAAAUGCUGGACAGUGUCCCAGAAAAGAGGUUUCCAGUUUUUCAGGCUCACGGGUACUUUUGUCAGCUUAUAGAUGGCUUAGAAUACUUGCACAGCCAAGGGAUUGUCCACAAGGAUAUAAAACCGGGGAACCUCCUGCUAACAACCAAUGGGACACUAAAAAUAUCUGAUUUAGGCGUAGCAGAGGCAUUGCAUCCGUUUGCAGAGGAUGACACGUGCAGAACGAGCCAAGGGUCGCCAGCAUUCCAGCCACCAGAAAUUGCCAAUGGCCUUGACACCUUUUCAGGCUUUAAAGUAGACAUCUGGUCCGCAGGGGUCACACUAUACAACAUUACAACGGGUCUAUACCCCUUUGAAGGGGAUAAUAUCUAUAAAUUAUUUGAAAACAUCGGGAAAGGUGACUACACAAUUCCAGAGGAUUGUGGUCCUCCACUCUCAGACUUAUUGAGAGGGAUGCUUGAAUACGACCCAGCCAAGAGAUUUUCAAUACAGCAGAUAAGGCAGCACAAUUGGUUUCGUAAGAAACAUGCUCAGGCAGAGGCUCUGGUGCCCAUACCUCCCAGCCCAGAAACAAAGGACAGGUGGAGAAGUAUGACGGCGGUGCCUUAUCUGGAAGAUCUGCAUGGCUACAAUGAGGAAGAAGAUGAUGACUUGUAUGACAUUGAAGAUGAUAUCAUCUACACUCAGGACUUCACAGUACCAGGACAGGUGCCUGAGGAGGAGGCAGGGCAGAACGGGCAGAGCCGCGGCAAAGGGCUGCCCAAGGCCGUGUGCAUGAACGGGACGGAGACGGGACAGCUGAGCACCAAAUCGAAGGCAGAACGGCGGGCGAGCGCCUCUUCCAACCCCUCCCGCAAGGCCUGCUCUGCCAGCAGCAAGAUCCGCAAGCUCUCCACCUGCAAGCAGCAGUGAGGCGGGAGCCCCCGCGUUCUGCACAG